AAACGCCACGAAGGAGAAAGAAAGAAAGAAAAAGAGACGGUGUUCCGCGCCAUUGAAAUGCAAAUCUAUGAACAAGGAGAGAUUGUACUUGUGUGUGUGUGAGAGAGUGUGUGUCUUUGGAGAAGGGGGGUUCGCAGAGCGGACAACUUUGAGAAAGAGGAGACUUGUUGAAGAAAAACAGCCACACACGCACUCGCCAGUUCGCACGGCAACACCGAACGACGUCACGAUCCGCUUUAGCAGUCGAUGCUAAUAUUGAGUUUAUUUAACAAACUCUGUUUACAUAGGUCGAUGUUGUUUUAGCGUGCCCUGCAAGGUGGAUUACUGACGAAGAGUAAGAUUCAUCUUAGAAAUACAGCACUGGUGUUUCGACGUGCGUUGCAAACUUUGUUUGAUGCCUGUAACUCUCACCGGCUGCUCGUGAAUCAUGUCACGCCGGAAACAGAAACGGCCUCAGCAGCUCGUUAACGCGGACCCCGGGGGCACGCGCUUGAUGCCACAAGAUGACCAGUUCCCAGUGAAAUCUCCAUCAUCCUCACUUGUCUCAGAAGCUACAUCAUCAUCCUCUGCUUCCUCCCCCACAUCCCUUCAAGACUGUCAGCCUCCUUUGGCCCCAAGGCCAUCCCCUGGUGGACUUCAUGCUCCCUCACUCCCCAAUGAAAGCUCCUCUCCUCCCCAUUGGUCUAAUCAUAUUGCCUUAUAUACUACAUCUCUGCCUAAUGCACACUCAUCUCUUUCUCCAGACUUUCCACAUCCUUCUCUGUCCUCCCAGACCCACUCUCCUCCCCCUGUCCUACAGAAAUCCAUUCACAUCCCACCUCACCAGCCUCACUCCACUGUGACUUCCCCAACAAUGGGUAUUUCGGCAACCACCACUACCUCAUCUUCAUCAUCUUUAUCUUCAUCAUCAUCAUCACUGGCUGCCCCACCACAUCAAGGAAGCCCUAGUCCAAUUCACCAAACUCCGUCAUCACCCUCAGAACAGCUCCAGGUGCCUCCUACUUUGGCUGUGCUCUUAGAGGAACUUAGAGUACUGCAGCAAAGGCAGAUUCACCAAAUGCAGAUUACAGAAGAGAUAUGCCGGCAGGUGCUGCGCCUUGGUGGUAUGGGUAGCGACCAAGAUGGAUCUCAGGGAUCUGUGGAAAGUCAACAGAGAGGUGCAGACUUGCUAUUGCCACCCAGCACUGCCUCUGGUACUGCUUUGAUUUCUCAAGCUCCUGUGCCCAAACCCAACCUGUCUUUCACAAAUGGAAUUAGAGCUCCUCAUUUGUCCUCCUCAUCUUCUACAACCUCCUUAUCCACUUCAUCCUUAGUCACCUCUUCAGCGCCUCUGCACCCCCUUUCUCUAACAUUGGGACUUCCACCUCGUUACCUCAAUGAAAAGUCUCCCAAUAACUCCAUCAGUCACACCAAUGGUAUGAAUUUUUCGACUACUCCCUUGCCCACAUCCAGUCUCUCGCAGGACCAGCUAUCACUUAGUUCUACUGUUAGUACCUCAAAUGGAUCUUCAGCCUCCUCUGCAAGCCGCCAGCAGCACAUUUGUCGGUUCUGUGGGAAGGUUCUGAGCAGUGACUCCUCCUUACAGAUUCACUUGAGAUCCCACACUGGUGAGCGUCCCUAUCAAUGUCCGGUCUGUCUAAGUCGCUUCACUACUCGUGGCAACCUCAAGGCCCACUUCCUUCGUCAUCGUGAGCAAAAUCCUGAGCUGUCACUCUCCCUCUUGCCACCUGCUCUCUCUGAACAGGGACAAUCUGGAUCCACCUCAGGAUCAUCACAGAGACGCAGAAAACGUCGGGCAGAGGAUGAAGAGCAUUUUGGUGUUAAAGGUAGUGUAGGAGUGCCAGACAGUUUAGCUUUGGGUUUUCUGUCUGGAUCAACUCACCCAUCACCCUCCUCCCUUCCAUUGCCCCCCAGUGUUGAUCUGGCUCUGCUUUCCACUGCCCACUCUUUGCUACAACUCAACCGUGCCUCAGCCGCAGCUGCAGCAACAAGUGCACAACCCUCAUCCACAUGCAUUUCCUCCUCUACCUCCUCUGUGAUGACCACUCAGUUUAAAGGUUCGAAGCAGCAGAGAUUUGAUGAGAAUACACCACCACACUCAGCCCUGCUCCCUGGAUCUCCAUAUUCCCAGCUUGCACACCUUCCUAAGAUUCUUUUUCCCUCAGGUCCCUCUGGCCACCAUCCCAGCCUUGCUCUUCUCCGCCCUCCACACCUCUCGUCUCCUCACCUCCCACUAACCUUCCCCUUCUCCUCUUAUGCCAAACCUCAAAAUUCCUCUCCUCCAUCCUCCACCAAGUCAUCCACCUCUGCCACUUCUGACACCUCCAAGCUGCAGAGACUGGCACAAAAGUUGGAAAAGCAGCCCCUUCCUAAAAGCAGCCAUGAAGGUCAGACAAAUUACAACGCUCAGGCUAAUGACAUUUCCACAACAUCAAAUGCUAAUUCUAUCUCGGCUUACAGAAGAGAAAUGAUGGCAGCCUUAGGGCUAAAUCCCAGCACUCACAAUGAACUGACUAGUCAAGAGCUCCCAGGAUCCACUGCAUCUUCUCUGGCCCCUAAUCAGUGUGGGGUGUGCUUGCGUGUCCUCAGCUGCCCAAGAGCCUUGCGUCUCCACCAGGCCACCCAUUUGGGUGAACGUCCAUUUCCGUGCAAACUCUGUGGCCGCUCCUUCUCCACAAAGGGUAGCCUUAGGGCUCAUUUAGCAACUCAUAGAGCACGUCCAGCCAAUGCACGAGGCCAGAACUCCUGCCCGCUCUGUCAGCGGAAAUUCACAAAUGCUGUGGUGCUACAGCAUCACAUACGUAUGCAUCUGGGGGGUCAGUUGCCUCCAGAAGGGAAUGGAGACAUGCAGUCAGAAGAAGGUCAAAUAGAUGGGGUCUCUCUACCUAAAAACUUUCAGUCUCUUCCUCUAAAUAUGAGCACUUCAUCCUCUGCCAGCAUACUAGAGUCUGGUGCUAGCCUUAGAGAUGCCACAUCAGCUGUUGGAGACCAGCCCAUGGAGUCUGAUCAAGACCCCUAUGACAACACACCUGAGACCAGUCCAACUCUGACCCUGGAGAAGCAGGAUCAAGGCACGGCCUCCUCAGAAAAUAUCCCAUCUGACAAUAACAUCAUCUCAGAAGAAAACCAUUAUGGUACCACCCAUCACAGCAAGUCUCAAGUUGUAAAUGGUGCUGCAGAAGAUGAUGAAGAUACACCUCUUUCCCUCUGUACUAGAACCAAGUCCCAAGAUACAUUGUUUGGUAAAAAAUUACUCAGCGGGACUUCACAUCACACAGUGAUCAGUGGGCCAAAACCCGGUUUAAGCAGCGAAGCUCUGGAUCUGUCCCCAGCUCUCACACCACCCUCCAGCCCAAAGGUGUCAAGUGAACUGAAAUCGGACCAAAGCAGUGAUCAAACAACACGUCAUAUGAAUGGAACAGACCAUAGUCUUGAGCCCAAAGACAGUGAAACAGAGCAUGCAUCAUUGCUAUCAAAAACUUCAAAAAAGGAAAACGUGAAAGUGGAGAAUGCACACAUAUCUGAAAUUAAGGAGUCAACAGUGGAUAAUCAUGAAGGGAAACCAGCACAAGACAGUGAGAAAACAGAAGAGUCUAUGAAACUGAAAAAAGAAAUAUCUUUGCUUAAUGGCGUGUGCCUCAUCGUGGGAAACAUGAUUGGCUCUGGAAUCUUCGUCUCGCCAAAGGGAGUGUUGAUAUAUAGUGCCUCAUACGGGUUAUCUCUGAUAGUCUGGACAAUUGGUGGGAUCUUCUCUGUUUUUGGGGCUCUUUGCUACGCUGAGCUCGGAACCACUAUCACCAAGUCGGGUGCCAGUUAUGCCUACAUCCUGGAAGCCUUUGGAGGCUUUCUGGCCUUCAUCCGUCUAUGGACAUCACUCCUUAUCAUCGAACCCACCAGCCAGGCUGUGAUAGCCAUCACUUUUUCCAACUACAUGGUGCAGCCCAUUUUCCCCACAUGUAUAGCACCCUACGCGGCUAAUCGUCUGCUGGCUGCAGCUUGCAUCUGCCUGCUGACCUUUGUGAACUGUGCCUAUGUCAAGUGGGGAACGCGGGUUCAGGACUUCUUCACCUACGCAAAGGUCAUCGCCCUCAUCGCCGUAAUCAUCACUGGCCUGGUCAAGAUUUUCCAGGGUCACACACAAAAUUUUGAGAGUAUGUUCUCAGGCUCAUCUCAGGACCCUGGUGAUGUGGCCUUGGCGUUAUAUUCGGCUCUUUUCUCCUAUUCUGGAUGGGACACUCUCAACUUUGUCACUGAGGAGAUCAAGAACCCAGAGAGAAACCUACCAAUGGCCAUUGCCAUUUCCAUGCCCAUUGUCACAGUGAUCUACAUUCUGACCAACGUGGCCUAUUACACAGUGUUGCCUAUUCCUGCCAUUCUGGACAGUGAUGCAGUGGCUGUGACAUUUGCAGACCAGGUAUUUGGGUAUUUUAAUUGGACGAUACCGCUUGCAGUUGCCUUCUCCUGCUUUGGAGGAUUAAACGCAUCUAUAUUGGCUGCUUCCCGGCUGUUCUUUGUGGGCUCCAGAGAAGGCCAUCUGCCAGACUACCUAUGCAUGAUUCAUGUUAGCCGCUUCACCCCCAUCCCUGCCCUGCUCUUCAAUGGCGCUAUGGCUCUUGUGUAUCUUUGUGUGGAGGAUAUCUUUAAACUGAUCAACUACUACAGCUUCAGCUACUGGUUCUUUGUGGGCCUGUCUAUCUUAGGACAGCUGUACCUGCGAUGGAAAGAACCAGACAGACCACGACCUCUAAAGCUCAGUCUGAUCUUCCCGAUUAUAUUCUGCAUCUGCACAGUGUUUCUUGUGGUGGUGCCUUUAUACAGUGACACCAUAAACUCAUUAAUUGGCAUUGGCAUUGCCUUAUCAGGAGUGCCUGUCUACUUUCUUUGCUGCCAUCUACCUGCCAACCGUAGGCCUAUGUGGCUCCGUAGUUUCAUUGCAUCUGCAGGUUUGCUCAUUCAGAAGGUGUGCUUUUGUGUCCUUACUGAGAUGGACACAGAUGACAUUAAAGCAGAGUAAAAAAAAGGACCAACUAUAUACUAUACUUGAACACAGAGAAACAGGCUACUGAUGUGGCAACCUCAACUGAUGUCAUUUAAUGCAUUUGUCAAUUUUGAUCGAUCAAGUGAGAACUUCAGAGCAAGUUCUUUAUAUUUAUUGGAAAUAUUUAUGUUGAAGAGAUGCUUUUAUUAAGUUUAUCACUGGUUUUAAAAUGAUAGGGACUAGUAAAUUGCCAGCUCAUGCUUAAGAAGAAAUCACCUUUGGACAUUGAGGUUGUUGCAGGGCUUGGCGAUAUGAUGAACUGAUAGCACUGAUAACAGAAGAAUUAUUAUGGGACGUGUACCCGCUUUAAAUGUGAAUUUUUUGUAUAUGGACAUUUUUUGCUGAUAAGAUUUUAAUUGCAUAGACAUUUAAAUGCUCGUACACUAAUAAGUGGCAGUUUCGAGGACAGGGUUUAGAUUAAUCCAGGACUAGUCCUUAGUUGUAUUAGAAAAUUUAAGUAUUUUUUAAAAACUAACCUUACAAAUAAACAGUACUGGUGUUCAUCUUAAGACUAAACAAAUGGCACUGAUAUAUAAAAAUUUUAGCAUUUUAGUCUGGGACUAGUAUGAACCCUGUCCAGGAAACUGCUCAUAAAAGACUAACAACAGUGUUGUUUCAUUUAAAAAAUGAAUUGUGACAACAUGUAUUAUAUUUAAAGGCUUGGAAUAUCAAGAGGAUAUAUUUCUAAAAAUACCGAAAUGACAAAAGCAGUGUUAAGUGUGGAUGUGUGAUAAUUGGAUGACAAAACACCUAAAUAAAUGAGAAACACUUUAGUCUGCAAGUUGUCAGUUUUUAUGUGCUCUGUUUGACAAAUUAAAGUAUUCAUUGGUAUUUACUUAAAAACAAUUCAUUAUGCACCAGACUGUAAAUGACAGAAGACAGCAGUAAGGGAACACAAUCACCCUUUAA